UAUAGUUGAUAUUUCCAGCACACAGAUGUCUCUCUCAUUCACUUCAAAUUGUAGACGUACCAACUCAAAAAAAAUAAAAAAAUUCUUUCUCGCCAUUACGAUAAUUUUGUUGUGAGCUUAAAAAGUUUCUCUACAAAUAAACUUUCAAAAAUGGAAAAAGACGCCCCACUAUCCGUUGACUUGUACUGCCCACGAAAAUGCUCCACAAGUAACCGCAUCAUUCAUGCUAAGGAUCAUGCUUCGGUGCAAAUCAACAUCGCUGACGUUGAUCCCCAAACCGGCAUUAUGACCGGUACAUCGAAGACCUAUGCAAUUUGCGGAUCAAUCAGAAUGAUGGGAGAAUCAGACGAUUGUAUCGCCAGGUUAGCAAAAAAGGAUGGCAUCUUGUCGAAGAACUACUAGAGGAGAUUUAUUUCACCGAUGAUCGCGAUGUACAAUUUUGAACAGAAGUGAAAAUAAAAAAAAUCUUUUUUCCCAAAAA